CUCUGUUUUUAGGUUUAGGGCAAAAGCUAUGGAGCAACAACAGCAGCCGGUGCGCUUGAUGCAGUUCAUCUCCGAGAGUAAGUUGGAAGAGCUCAAAUCUUCGCGUGGAGCCACAAUUCAGGAUGGAACGCUGGCGCCUGAGAGGCCAUUGCACGAGAUUCUCAGGGAGAACAAGCAAAAGCAGGAUAAAGAGUUCAAAGACCGCUUCAAACACCAACCACCGAAAGCGUUGGAUCCAGAGGAAAUGGAGUUUCUGGAAGGGAUUGACAAGGUGAAAAGAGAACACGACCGGCAAGUAGCAAAGGAAGAAGCGCUAGAACUAAGCAACUUUGACGCAGCGGUAGCGAAGAGAAUGCAAGCAUCACAAGAGGCAGCUCCCAUUCCCCAGCCAAAAAAGAGAGAGGCCGUGGCAGGGCCAAAGCGACUGUCCCACUCCAGCAUCCUUGUCAAGGUGAAGCCUCUCCAAAGGCCCGCUAAGAAAGCUAAAGUCGAAGAAGGCCUCGUCGAGCAAGACAGCAAGCCGGGGAUCAUGGCUGGACUAGUCGCUGCUUAUGGCGACGCUGACGACGAGGACGACGACUGAAUCAAAGAAGAGAUAGAGAUCUAUGUCACGAUCGAGCUUCUGACUUGCAGGGACGAAGAACUAGGAAAUAUGCGGGCUCUAGUUCUUUCUCGUCCCUUCCAUUCGGUCGUCUCGUCCGCCCAAGACUUCAUUGGAGCUUAAGGAAGUGGAGGGGACUUAGAAGUUGUACCUCAUCGUCCGCGCAGAUGCCAAUGUUCGGCAAGAGGAAGAGACCUUCAGUACGUCGACUUUGUGUUCAUGUUUGGGGAGGGGAAAGCAGACGGCGACGAUUUCGUGGUGGCUGUGAACGAGAUCUCGUCCAAGCUUCAAUAAGGUGCCUAGCUGGGCGCUCAGGAACAUCAAGAUUGUGCUCGCGUUGGCAUGACAUGCCAGCUCUUUGUCAAAAGCGCUUCAGGUCUUGAGGUAGAGCCACUAGACCCUGCGUACAACUUGAACCUUAUUGACGACGUGUCAAGCUUGUUCUGCAUUUCUUCAAGCUCUACUUCCUAUGCUUGAGUA